AAUGCAUUAACGGAGUUUUUUGAAUAAGAGAAAAAAUCCAUGUUAACUUCUUUUUCAGACAGAAGAAAAACUGUGUUGAAAACUCAGUUGUGUGUGAUGUAUACAUCCAUCUUUGUCAUGUGUUUUACCUGUUAUUAAGCUUGUUUCGCACGUCCAGGUGUUCACUUCGUUUGACAUAAACUUUGUGAGUCGAUAGAGUUCAUUGAUUGGGCGUUAUUUGUUACAAGAGCUAUUCCAGGAGAGAGGGGGGCUAGCGAAGUAAAAACAUUCCAAGCAACUCUGGGGAACAGGAGUAAUCAGAUCAAUGCGAUCACACAUUCCAUAUUUCAGUGCCGGCUUUGCUGUUUUAAGAACAGUUUUAAAGGCUCAAAAUGGGUUAUAAGCUAGGAAAUAUCUUCUCACUGGUAACUGUGUUAAUUGUGGCUGCUGUCAGUGAAUCAGAUCUCCCAAGCUUCCAUAACCGUUCCGACAAAACUAUUUUGGACUAUUUGUUAGAUCCCGUUAGAUAUGACUUCAGAGUGCGACCAAAAGAUGAAACGAUCGUUAACGUCACAGUGACUCUCCUCACAUUGUCUUCUCCAGACGAAUCAAGUUUGCGGUAUGAAGUGGAAUUUUUGUUGCAUCAGGUUUGGGAGGACCCAAGGUUGAAGUAUAAUAAUGAAGGCCGACAUAAAAGUUUGAAUGCUUUAACACAUGCUGGUAAAAUAUGGAUACCGGAAACGUAUUUCAUCAAACAUGGCGACUUCAAGUAUCCCCUGGUUCCAGUCCACAUCACUCUCCGGGUCACUCCAGAGGGCGUUGUCCAGUAUACUCAAAGAAGAGAGAUGAUUUUAAACUGUCAAGGAAACUUGAGAAUUUUCCCUUUUGACAAUCCAAAGUGCCCUUUUGCUUACGAAAGCGUGUCUAACGAAAAGACGGAGGUAAAGCUGCAAUGGUCCUCCACAGAAAAGAACAUAAUCAACGCUACAUCCCUGAGGAAACACAACGCUUACUUGGUGAAAAACGAUACAGGAGAUUGUGACAGGAGAUACACCUGGCGAGACGAGUACAGUUGUUUAAAAGUGUUACUUGUCUUCACCCGAGACAAAUCUUUCUACAUCAGCACCGUUUUCGCCCCGGGGAUCAUCCUGGUUUCCAGUUCUUUCAUCAGCUUCUGGUUAGAAAUCAACGCUGUGCCAGCUCGCGUUAUGAUUGGUGUGACCACAAUGUUGAAUUUUUGUACUACCACCAACAGUUUCCGGUCAACAUUGCCUGUGGUCUCCAGCAUAACUGCGAUGAACAUGUGGGACGGAGUUUGUAUGUUCUUUAUCUACGCCUCCAUGCUGGAGUUCAUAGCAGUGAACUACCUGUACAGAAAACCUGGCUACCACCAAUCAACGAAUCGUCCAGAGUCUGCAAUGAACCAGCCUUCGACGGAACCCUCGCGAAUCAGUUCAGUAGUUGCCCAAGAAGGACGGAAGUUCGGAAAAUAUGGGGUGGGUAGUUCUCAUAACGUUGAACUUGAAGAUAACAUCAAUGAAAGUAAUAACAUCCAAGCAGAGGUUCCCACGAUAGAUGUCAGCCGAUUCCAGAGGAGAAAAGCCAGAGUUGUUGCUUCUUUUGUCGGUUGGUUGUGCCGGCCUAUUGUUGUGGAAUCAAACGUGGGAACCCGACCAAAACUUGCCAAGAAAAUCGACAACAUCUCCAAAAUGCUGUUCCCCUUGCUGUUUUUGUGCUUCGCUUUGGGAUUCUUCUUAACAUACGCGGUGAUUGAACCAAUGCAAGACGAGAACUGGACUCUCACUGAGUAACAAUGUGAUGAUAAUUACUGCGCGAAACAAAUAACUUCCCCUGUACACAGUAACAUUCAAGAGCCAGAACAUACUGCUCUGCCUAUUCUUGAGUGGUGUGGUUAAAACAGGAGUACGAAAAGAUAGAAUGCUAUGAUAAAAAAAAAGAUGAAAAUACUCCUUAUUGGAUAUUUUAUCCAUUCCGAGUUCUUCCCUCGGAGAUUAAAAUCUCAGUACUGUUGCAGACUGCUGUUUCUCUAAUCCAACGCUGCUAUGGUGACGCCCCAUUAGUCCUUCUGCGAAUGCCUGAAUUUCUAAACAAACCAUGUUCAUGUCGAGAUUAUAUGUAGGACACGUUUUAUCCUCACAUUUACUCAUUAUUCAUGAGUCAUUCGCUCUCUAGAUUGAGAUUUGCUAUUUCUAUAUUAUAAUGCAUGACACAGUUUUAAUUUCAUUUGAUUAUAUACGUUGUUCUUUCACGUGGAUAACAGUGGACACGC